AAGAAAGAGGUGGAAACUCAAAAAAAUUUUUUAAUGAAUGUUAAAAAUUGUUUUUAUGUGAAAUGGAGAAAAAUAUUAAACAAGCCUUAAAAAUGUUUUUGAUUUGAAUUGAAGUUCUAUUUCUUGAACUGGCAUAUUAUGAUUUUUUAUUUAUUUAUUGUUUUGUUUUUAUUGUUAUUUAUGUAUAUAUUUAUUGGCUUUAAGAUUUUUGACUGCCAUCUUUUUCUAAGGAUUUGCCAAGUUCAGAGAAUGAUGGAUUGCUUAUCAGAGGAUGUGUAGACGGCCACAGAAACAAACAGAAAUGAAUUCUACUUGGUUCAAGUAUUUCAAGGCUACCAAGAAGCCAGACUUUAAAAUGCCCACUUGCCGCCACCGUAUUUUCAUUUCACCACCCUCACCAGAAAUACCAUGCUCCCCCAUUACCAGUAAAUCCAAGGUUCUAGUUGAAGCUGCUGCCCCUUGCCUUCAAGUGGAUUCUUCAACCAAAAGCUACACAACAGUAGAAAUUAGUCAGGAAGAGAAGCAGAUAGAAGAUGAAGAUGAGGUGCACAAAUGGCUGAUUGAGAGGCUAAAAACAAAGAAAGAGUUGGACACUUUUGUUAACCUUGAGAAAUGGAUCUAUAAUAAACCCAGGACGACAAAGUUAGAGAACCGAGUGUUAAGGAGGAUUUACACUGAGCAGGAGGAAGAACAGGCUGCCCAGAGAGCAGCUAAAAUUGUUUCUGUUGAAGACAUGAUAGCUUUUGGGCGACCCUGCAAAGGAAUUCCCACAGUCAUCAUACCUGCACCCUCAUGCCUGUCCGUCCUGUAUGAGCAUCUGUUAACACACAGGAUCAGAGUAUUCGAAAUGUUCUGCAAGGGAGUGUGUGACCAACAGAUCUCCAGGGAAGAGUUUGUGAAAGUAAUGAAAAGAAUUGGUGCUCCUCUGACUGAUCGAGAGUUUGAGGAUGUGAUGAUCUAUUUAAGUUCCUUGAACAAGAACAACAAAAUCUACCGGGAAGACCUGACGACAUCAUACAGACAAUGGCUUUCUACCAAGAAAAGUGAUACGUACCAGAGAGCUAAUUUAAGCUACUGGAGAACAGUCAAACGUAUCAAAACAAAGAAGGGUUUGCCUUCCCCAUCCUCCUCUUCAAAAUUUUUGGAAGUGCCUCCAAUUAACACUGAGCCAGAUAGAAUGCGGCUGUCCUAUGAGGAUAUGGAGGUAUCUGGGAAACGGUUCAGGGAGCUGAGGAGACAAUCUAAGAGAAAACUCAAUCCUUUGUUGUUCUUGGAAAGAUAUCGCCUAGUACGAACUGGCAUCAAGCCUGUGGAUGACCACUGCCUCCCAUCCACUCUGCCGGAUGAAUUUGGGGAGCUGACUAAUGCCUUCCGACAGGCUACCUUUUUGGUCUACCUGAAGUGUUUGAAGGCCUGUGAAGACUAUCAAAUCCCACUGACUGAAAAGACCCUUAUGAAAGCUCUACUUUACCAUGGAGACAAAAUUGUCUUGGAGAGAGAUCAUGUUCUCAAGCUCAGGCAACCAGGAGGCUACUAUGAUGAAAUAAAAGAACACACACCAACUCUAACCAAGUAUCACGUGAUCAAUGAAUCAACAAUUAAGAAGAAACCACAGAAGCCAGUUAAGAGAAUGAAAUUUGGAGAGUUUGAGGCUCUGAGCAGGAAAAUUAUGCGCAGGUGCCAUAAGCCUUUCGAUGGGAGGUACCGUACCCAUCCCAAUUUCUUCUGGCCGGGCCACCUGCUGGAUAAACUGCUGCUAUACCUUCCUGACAAGAAGUGGGAAAAACAAAUGGUUCUUUUCAGCCGGGUGGACAAGAAGUCUCCAGUCUAUCCAGCCAGAUACCAUCCUAGAGAUUGUUGGCCUGUUUCUGAUGCAGGCUAUGUAACCUCUGGAGAGUUUGAUAGAUAUAAACAAUACUUUUAAUUGGAUAGAGAUGGGAAGACCCAAUAUAGCAGCAAUAUUGGCUUCAUUGGCUAUUAGGCUAUACAAUAUAGUUGCACAAACCUAAAUCUAGUAUCAAUCUUCUUUCCACCUUCCCAAAGCUGGAGCUGAAAUCACAGAGACAAAAGAUAUUAUAAUGAGUAUAUAAGGAAGAA